ACCCUCAAAAGAAAGCCGCUUCAGUCACACCCAACUAAAAACCCUAAAGUCAGGGCAUAGGAAUCAAUCUAUUUGUUGGAUAGAACUGUUUCCCUCGCCGCUUUCAUUUUCUCCUGUCAUCUUGACAUCUCCGUAAUAAAACCCUCUCUAUUUUCAACACAUACACACCAAAAGCAAAAUGGCAGAAAGAGGCAGAGGAGAGCGUGGCGCUUUCAGGCGCGGCUUCGGUGGAGGCGGUGGCAGAUCUGACCGUGGCCCAAGAGGCAGGCGACGUGGCCGUAAAGAUGAAGAAGAGAAAUGGGUGCCCGUAACAAAGCUCGGACGUCUGGUGAAAUCCGGAAAAAUCACUUCCUUGGAGCAAAUCUAUCUCCAUUCUCUCCCCAUCAAAGAGUACCAAAUUGUCGACCAACUUGUUGGCCCUUCUUUGAAAGACGAGGUCAUGAAGAUCACUCCUGUCCAGAAACAAACACGUGCCGGCCAGCGCACCCGUUUCAAGGCCUUUGUCGUCGUUGGCGAUGGAAAUGGACACGUCGGAUUGGGGGUGAAGUGUAGCAAAGAAGUUGCGACGGCUAUAAGAGGGGCGAUAAUAUUGGCGAAAUUGUCGGUGAUACCGGUGAGGAGAGGGUAUUGGGGAAAUAAGAUUGGAAAACCUCAUACAGUGCCGUGCAAAGUUACUGGGAAAUGUGGGUCCGUUACCGUUAGGAUGGUGCCGGCUCCCAGAGGUGCGGGGAUUGUGGCUGCUAGGGUGCCCAAGAAGGUGCUUCAGUUUGCCGGUAUUGAGGAUGUUUUUACUUCUUCUAGGGGUUCUACUAAGACUCUUGGUAACUUUGUCAAGGCUACCUUCGAGUGUCUUCUGAAAACUUAUGGUUUCUUGACUCCUGAUUUCUGGAGAGAGACUCGUUUCACAAAGUCUCCGUUCCAGGAGUAUACUGAUCUGUUGGGAAAGCCAGUGAAGACUCUUGUACUUGAAGAUGCAGAGAGGGUGGAUGUGUGAUGGUGAUGAGUUAUAUUAUUAUUAAAGAUGCGGCUUUAGUGCCUAGGGUAGUAAUAUGAAGUUCUUUUUGUCAGUUAAGACAAUGCUAACGUUUACUUUUUGGCUUAUUUGGUUUUGUCAUCGGAAAUUUAGCACUUGUUCGGUAAGUUUUGUUUGCUCAAUCUGGAUUUUAUAUAAGCUUAUAUGGAUAUAUGUGAUUUUUUUUUUUUUCUUAGUGCUGAUCGUUGCCUUCGUGCAUACUUGAAAUUAAUUUUUUAUGAGGUCAAUUAUUCAACAAAUGGUGAAUAACAUUGCUGAUUUUAGUGACAGAAACAAAAAUGACAAAAAAGAAGCAGGUUUGACUUUGGGUAAAAUGUUUUUAGCUGCUCUAUCACCAUCAAUUUUCUUUGGCACUAUUAAUCCAAGUUCUACAGUGUCAUCAUUUGAAAUUUAUAGCUUAUGUCCUCCGGUACAUCGAUUUUUUUAAGUAGCUAUUUAACAUUCUUCUCAGAAUUUGCUAUGAAAUAUAACCUCUAGAGCACCAGGUGACAACUCCCUUUGAUCGAUCUGGCACAUGCUACCAAACUCCUGAGAUUCACAAAUGCGGUGCUGAAUGGAGGCUUUGACGUCCACAGGCAAAACUAUGCGCAGAGUUUUCAUGACAGCAACCUUAGGUCAAGAUAAACCCACACGUGGCAGUGACCCAUUUGUCCUAGCAUUUCUUUGUAUAAGAAAAUGAAUGAUGGGUUAGUAACA